AUGGCCCGCCACGCUUCGCCGCUGCUCUCGCUGCCGGCAGAACUGCAAAUCAAGGUGGUGGAGGAGCUGUACGAGGACCCGUCGUGUCCGUACGAAAACCCGCUCGCCAAGGACGUUUUCCUCGAGCACAUCAAAUCCGUCCGUCUCACCUGCAAGUCGCUGAAAGCCGCCGCAGCCGACACCUUCCUGAAGACAUGGUUCUCCCACCGCUCCAUCGUCUUGGAGCGCAAGAGCCUGCUCAACUUCUACCACAUCGCUACCACCUCACCGUUCAACAGACGCAUUGCGCAGCUUGAUAUCGCCGUCUACGAGUUCCGCUCCGAGCUUGUCCAAAGCUUCACCGUCUUCCUUGCGCGCAUGGAGAAGGAGGCGCGUGAUGAGAGCUGCUUCCUUCGCCACGACCGCGUCAAGGAGCAUUUCUUAGGCGAUGCUGAACGUGCCGCAGACUGGCCAAAUGCAAGGGCCGCUUACAGUGCCUACAAGAAGCAGGUCGAUGACCAGGCCAGACUUUACGAUCACUUCGCUCAUAUUCGCCUGCUGGCGCGCUCACUUCAGGCAUUCGAUGGUCUCGGGAGUCUCCGCACCAUCAGCAUCAACGGCGCACAGUCUCCUCUCACCGGCGCUUGGACUAGCGGAAUUCUUCAAAAAUGUGGCAUAUCUUUGCUCCACAAGGAGAAAGUCGCUCUUCAUUCUGUGACCAUGGGGAGCGUCAUUCGCGCUAUGGCCCUCAGUGAAGUGGAGCCCUGCACCCUAGUGACCGCCGGCUUGAACGCUAGUGCUUUACAACUGUCGGCCCCUCAGCGCUACCGCUUCGGCAAAAUAGGCUUCGGGCAUCUUCACAACCUUAGUCUCCGCUUGUUGGACCCCAAGCUUUUCCCCUCAGAGUCGGGUUCUGCGCUCUUUCGGUCUGGCCUUCUUUCGCGCUUCAUUCAACAAGUCCAGAACCUGACAAAUCUGAGCAUCGAGUUCUACAACCAGCCAUACGACGUACCCUUGGCCAAAUUUCUCGGGCGGCGUAUUGAGAAGCUCGAGUCUUUGUCUUUGGGUGGCUUGGCCUACCAUGCCCAUGAUCUCGUUGACUGGCUCACUGAGAACGGCUCCAAGCUUGAACACUUGCAACUGGAUUACUCCUCCCUCGUCACCGGAACGUGGCGUGAGGUCUUCCGCAAGAUGCGAAGCAACCUUGAUCUCAAGUCCGUCUACUUUCACUUCCUGGCAGAUGACGAGGAAUCCAUUCACAUCACUGGUGAGAAUGUGAACAGCUUCAUCUUGAAGAAAUCUACAAAGGUCGACUGGGAUACUAUGGAAAGCAGGAAGCUACCUCACACCAUGGGUGAUUUAGCAGGCCUUUUCUCGGUUGUUGUAAACAGCCAGCCUACACAGCACCAUCACCAUCAUCACAACCAUCAGCACCAUCAGCACCAUCAUCAUGGACAGAAUGGCGCUGACAAUGCUCCGAAUGGCCAUGGACAUAGCCACGAUCAAGCUCAUGGGGCUCCAGUCGUCGCGGGUCCGGCUCCACCUCUGGGCCACCCGUCCACUACUCAGGCUGAGACGCAGGAUUACAGCGUCGCAUCUGGAACUACAUCUUCGCCGAACGAUGCGCCUGAUUCAGCUGAUGGAACUCCUGGGGGCGCUGGUGGGCCUGCUGGCGGUACCUUGCCCUUGCCAGUACCUCCGCCUCACAUGAUAAGUGCCAUGCAAGAUCUCUUCCAGAGCGCGCUCGGAGUUUCUCUGGAUUUUCUGGACGAUUUUGAUGACGGCGAGGACGAUGACUUGUCGGACUCCUUCGAUGAUGAUGAUGAUAACGAAGAGUUCAAUGAUGAAGUAUCUAGCAUCGACUCUGAACCCGAAGAUGACGAGGAGAGUGACGUUGUUGAAGAGCAAGACGACGACGGUUACAUGACUGACGACUCUGUGGCCGAGGCUCUUGUCGAUGAAAUCAUCAGCGAGCUGUAA